AAUGGAGAAGAAAAACUCAGAAAAAUAUUAAGAUAGCUUACAAGUACGUACCCAGCACAGAAACUACAUUAAUUGCUCGCCAUGGCUGCGGAAGUUGGUGGAUGGGAGGAGGUGCAGACAGCAGACGCUUACGAGAAGCAGGAUGAUGCUUCUAACACUUCGGAUGAAAAUGACAAAACUACCGCAAGCCCUGCAAAUAUUGCUGAAGCAAAAGAGGCCAUCAAAAAAAAGAUAGACGAGAAAGUGAUUCAUAUAGCAGAGAAAUCAAACAAUAUAGAUGCAAUUGAUCGUGAUAAUAACAACAAAGGAGAAAAUAAGAUUGAAGGUGAUGAUAAGAAGAAAAGGAAUGACAAAACUAUGAUUGAAGGCAACGAAAAGGUCAUAGAUGAUAAUGAUUUGGCUCUUAUCUCUGGCUAUAAAUCUGGUGACUCAAAGUCUGACUCGGAAUCAAAAUCUGACUCUGACUCAAAAUCUGACUCCAACUCUAAGUCUGACGACUCUAAAUCUGACUCGUCCUCGAAAUCUAGUUCAGCCAAUAAGUAUGACUCAGAUUCCAAACCGAGCCCGGACUCCAAAUCUACUCCUGACACUUCGUCGAGUAAGAAAAAGAAGCCUGGAAGCGCAGGGGAAAGGAGAAAGAACCCAAAUAGGAAGAAGAAAAGGGGACUAAAGCUGACUACAUAAAUAAGAAGAGUAAGUACAAUGAUGGGGCAAAGACUGAGGCCAUCAUCUGGAAGUUCCUCCACUACAAAGGGGGAGAGUUCUUUGUUCGAAGCUGUUACUACUUGUACUUUUAUUGUGGAUAAAAUAAACGAGAGUAAGCAUAUGGAUAUGAGUAUACUU